AUGCAAAACGACGAUUUCGUGGACCUGUACGCACCGCACAACCGCAUCAUCGGCUCCAAGGACCAUGCGUCCAUCCAGACAAAUUUGGCCAAGGUUGACAAGGUGACAGCCAGGUUCAACGGCCAGUUUAAAACCUACUCUAUCUGCAGGGCCAUUCACAGGAUGGGUGAGUCAGAAGACUCCAUUCUCCAACUGGCCAAGGCCGACGGCAUCUCUCAAAGAACUUCUGAAUGGAGAGGAUCACAGAUGUGGAAUAUUUUUCAUAAAUAA